AUGUCGUCGGUCGAAUUCGAAUCCAGCUUCACCGGACUCCAUAAUCCCCAUCAUCGUGUCCACGAAAUCUUUAGUCUCUUUCGUCUCGUCUCUAUUCUUUACAUGAUCAUCGAUAAUCCUUUCCAAAAACCGGUCGAAAAUCUCACUCAAUUUCUUCAACCUACGACCCGAGCCCUGAAGGUCGAACCUUCGAAGAUUAGGAAAAUAAUCUCCGAGGUUAAAAGCCGAGGCCUCUUCCAUCGUCUCUUUCAACACGUCUUUGAACCCUCUCUCGUCCAAAUCCCGUUCAAUGGUGCAGAGUUUUCGCAUGUUGCGCCAGUAAGGGCCGUACCUGAGAGCUCGGCUGCAACUGGUGAUGAGACCACUAUUGUGGGCACGGACCCAAACCGCAAGUGCAUAAUGGGCCCAUGCUUUUGGGCCAGCCCGUGCAGAUCAUGGUGCGGGUUCUUGCCCAAAAGGUGGAAAUGGCCUAUUACUGGCAGACCCAUUGGGCCAGGAGGAAGUUUUCCUUUCUUUAGCAGAUAA